AUCAGCCAAGCACCUGCAGUUGCACCACUUCAUCGCUCCUCGUGUUCCAUCGCUAGGUAGCUUGCGUAGAGGGCGAUGGAGGAGGCUUUCGCUGCUGCCAUGACCGCCGCCACCUCCUCCUCCAGCGCUAUCCCUAUGGACCCUCGCAUCUGGCGCCACCUCCCGCAGGGCCUGGUCGACCGCGUGCUCGCUUUCCUCCCGCCGGCGGCCUUCUUCCGCGCCCGCGCCGUCUGCAAGCGCUGGUACGCCCUCGUCUUUUCCGACAGCUUUCUUGAACUCCACCUCCGCCUCGCUCCCACCCUCCCUUGCUUCGCCUUCUUCCUCCUCCCCUCCAAACCCCCGCUGUACUCCACCUCCGCGGCGUCGUCGUCGUCGUCCUCCUCCUCCUCCUCCCCUGCCGCCGCCGCCACCACCACCACCUCCACCGCCAACAGGCCGCCGCCGGCCCCCGCGCUGCUCCUCGACCCCGUCUCCAACUCUUGGCACCGUAUCCCUCUCGGCACCAUCAUCCCUCCCGGCUUCUCCCCCGCCGCCUCCUCCCACGGCGUCCUCUGCUUCAUCUCUGACGACGCCGGCUCCAAGACGCUGGUCCUCUGCAACCUCCUCUCCAAGUUAGCUUCGCAGCUCCCCCCGACGCCGACGCCUCGCUUGUUUCCGACGGUCGGCCUCACCGUCGGCCCGUCCUCCAUCAGCGCUGUGGUAGCCGGCGACGACAUGAUAUCGCCCUUCGCCGUCAAGAACCUCACCGCCGAGUGCUUCCACGCCGACGGCGUGACCGGGUUCUACUCGCCGUGGGCGACGGGGAGCGCGCUCCCGCGGUUGUGCAGCUUCGAGCCGGGGAGGAUGGCGUACGCCGCGGGGCGCUUCUACUGCAUGAGCUGCGGCCCCUUCGGCGUGAUGGCCUACGACGUGGGCACGAACGCGUGGGAGAAGAUCCAGCCGCCCAUGCGGCGCUUCCUGCGCUCCCCCAGCAUAGUGGAGUGCGGCGGCGGGAGGGUGGUGCUGGUUGCGGCGGUCGAGAAGAGCAAGCUGAGCGUGCCGCGCAGCGUGAGGAUGUGGGCGCUGCAGCCGUGCGGCCGCGCCUGGGCGGAGAUCGACCGGAUGCCCCACGACGUGCACGCUCAAUUCAGCGAGGCGGAGGGCGGGCGUGGGUUCGAGUGCGUCGGCCACGGCGACUUCCUCGCCAUCACGAUCAAGGGGUCCAACGACGUGCUGCUGUUCGACUUCUAUCGCAAGGAGUGGCGGUGGGCUCCGCCAUGCCGCUUCCUCCACGGCGGCGGCAGCAGCAGCAGCAGCGGCUGCGGCGGCCUGCGUGGCUUCGCCUACGAGCCUCGCCUGGCCACCCCGUGCAUGGCGCUCCUCGACUCAUCUUCCUUCAUUCCAUUCCAAGGUUUCAGUGGCUAA